AUGAAGAAGCCCACUGCCAAUUUACCCACUAUAGCCAUCAAUUCCGCAUCGUGGAACAUACCAAAGGUUCCAUUAGCCGAUCCCAAUUUCGAUACACCGGGCAUGAUCGACAUCAUAAUUGGCGGAGAAUGUUACCAUGAAAUCCACACCGGCAACCGUAUAUUACUCGGCGUAGGUCUGCCGUUCCUGGUCGACACCCUAUUUGGCUGGACAGUAUCAGGGAAAACUGCCAUCAAUUCCUCCGCCACGCCACCGGUCUGCUACCUAUCAACUGUUGAUCGGUCUCUAGAGAAUGCGCUUCAGAGAUUCUGGGAACUCGAAGCUGUCGAUCAUGGCCCAACGUACUCCACUGAAGAAAAACGAUGCGAAGAAAUCUAUGCCAACACUACCACCCGAACUCACUCCGGAAGGUACGUCGUACGCCUUCCUCGUUCCUUAGAUCCGCAAGUCACCCUCGGUGACUCUCGAGCAAUUGCCACCCGCCGUUUCUACAGCCUCGAGAGACGCCUUGAGAAAAAUUCCGCCUUAAAGCAAACCUACCACGAGUUCAUCGAUGAAUACCUCCGAGUCGGCCACAUGCGCAAGCUUGAUGUUGUUGAUGAUGCUGUUCCACACUGUUACCUACCACACCAUCCGGUGUUCAAGGAAAGCAGUACCACCACCAAGUUAUACAGCAGCAUCUCGUCAACAUCAUUAUUCGUUUCCGAUUCCACCUGA